CACUUGAUAUUUCUCAGCCUUCUUUGUCCACACUUGUAAAUCAUUCAUCUCCUUUUUUUUCCCCUCUCUUAUUUCUUGCUUUACCAAACCCCUACUCCUUAGUCCCAACUCUCACAAGUCACAAUUAUAGCGGCGGAUUCAAAAUUUAAAUGUCGCCUAUUUUUUUCACAUUAAAUUCGAUACUGAAACACUGAUUUAAUUUUAUCAACCCGUGCACAAACCUAAAUCACCAACUUUCUUGACCUUUUGGUACUGGACAGACGUUAGCCCUCAUAUACAUAAUCUUAUGAUUUUGUAGAGACCUUUAUAUUUCAUGGAAGUGUUGAUAUUUGUAGCCAUAUUUUGCAGCCUGAAUAUUAUUGUUGUUAAAGUAGAAGCUACAUGGUGUAUAGUUAGAAGUGAUGCAAGUAAUCAAGCAUUGCAAAGAGGAUUGGAUUAUGCAUGUAGCUAUGGUGCUGAUUGUGCACCAAUUCAAUCUACUGGGCUUUGUUAUCUUCCUAAUACUAUUCAAAAUCAUGCUUCUUAUGCAUUCAAUAGUUUCUAUCAGAGGAGCAACAUGGCCCCUGGCUCUUGUCAAUUUUCUGGCACUGCUACUGUUGCCAAAACUGACCCAAGCUAUGGAUCUUGUGUUUACCCAGCUUCUCCAAGGGCUGCUGGAGGGCCGAUUCCUCCCAGAAUUGGAGUUCACAACAAUGUAAGUGGAGGAAUCACGACCAUCCCAGUUCUAUAUUCACCACCACAAGCAAUUAUAAACCCUGUGUAUGGUAACGGAACGUUACCUGACACCGGAUCGGAUGACCCCAACUCUCAAGAUUCUAAAGCAACUUCUCCCACGUUUUGGACAAUGGCAAGCUUAGCUUCAACAUGUUUGAUGCUCCUCUUCCUUCAUAUUUUUCAAUUUUGUUAGCUCUUUCCUAGUAAAGUGGGAAGACAACAAACUCCUGCAUGAGUGAACAAAAAGUUGGUGAAGAAAAAUUUUGAUUGAUCAGAGCAAUUUUGUAACAAAUGGGAACUUUAUGUUGUUGUUAUUAUGAAGACCAGUGUUAUCAAAAGUAUUGCUUUGCCGCUUGAAGCAAUGAAGCAAUGUAAAGCGAGGGGUUAUUACUUUACGAAUGAAGUUAUACACUUCAAAAAAGUAUGAACUUCAAACAAAUUAAGGUGCAGAGUGAUUUAAAUGAGUAUUACGACUAGUUCUUUGAAUCUCAAUUGUUGACAAGUUGGAUUAACAUAGAUAUAAUUUUAUGUGUGGGAUGCUGAUGAAAUUAUUUAUUAAUUUCGUUUUGAUUAUUA